AUGGUCGGGAUUAUUCCGAGAUGCGUGGAUUAUAUCUCGAAUGUUACACUGGAUGGAUUUCAAUUCGGGCACUUGGAGAUGUUUGGGGUGAAACUAGGUUACCUGAGGAUUAACGGCAAGCAAAUGUUCGCCCUGUCUCAGGUGCUGGCGGAUUUAUUCCAGCACGUUCCCAGGACCACGAUCCAAAAAAGAAUGGAGUACCUGAAAAUCAAAAGGCGUCGCUGCGAUUUGCAGGAACUGCGGACUCUGAAGGCCAUCAAAUCCGUCCCGACGCGAGCGGUCAAAUGCACGCUGAUAUCCAAAGAGGAUUUGGAGGCGUUGUACAGGGUUUACCGAGAUCCGCAGUGCGCCGGGAAGAAAUUCAAGGUGAAGGUGAGAGAGAGUAACCCGGAGCCCGGUUACUUCACGGGUUUCUGCAGGGAGAGGACGGUGCUACUGAGGACGGGCAACGCCGGCGUGAGGUGCGAGGGCGAGUCUAAGCCAGUGGCCCCAGCGUCCGAUGGCAGCGGCCUGUGCAAGCGGCCCGGCUGCCCAUCAGUCAUCGAUCCCCGAGGCGUUACAAACUAUGAGAGCGCCGGCAAGUCCGGCUUCUGCCCGGUGUACCGAGAGCGGGACGGCUUCUACCAGGACGUCUCCUGCCGCUACACCCGAUCAGUUCCGCCCGCCAUCGCGGUGAGAUUCAACGGGCCUGUGCACUUGAGGGCGAAAUAUUCCUGCUGCAGCCAGAGCAAGAAUGCGGAGAGCGCGUUUAUCGGAAACUACAAUUCUUCCUUGCAUCCGCCAGCUUUGAAGUCUGUGAAAAGGAUGGUGCUUUCUGCAGAUAUAAAGGCUUUGAGUGAGACGCGCUGUGCACAGGCGGCCGAAGGUGCCUCGCUACGAUGCUCCAGCGACUCCGAAUGCAGUUUGGAUCUGGAGAACGACUCGGAUUUCGGGUCGACGGACGAGGACGAGGAAGGGGAGUCGUUACUUUCCGGCUCCAGCAGCGACGACGAGAGCUCCUCGGCCUCCGACUCCAGCUCGGCGUUCAGCGGCGCCUCGCUGCACAGUAUCCGCUUCAGGCGAGCGACUUUACCCAAUCUGUGCCACAAAGCACCCGGCGCCCCGGGACAUGCCGGAGCGGAGGAGAGGCCGGAGGUGGCGGCGGCGGCGGCGGCUCGCCAAUCACUUUACGCCGGAGCUCCGCAACCCGGUCACGGGCCCUCCGUUAACCCCAGAGACAAGGGCAGCGGGGACAAGCCGCAGCCGGCGAGGUAUCCCAGCCAAGCGCCGCAUCUGACACCGACCAACUUUGGAAAACAUGAGGCCUCUCCCUCCAGCCUGAAAGAAACCUCGCCGUCUUCACAACAAAGGGAUUUAGUGCAUUCAGAUCCACGGUCCGCUGCUCCUCGCCUCGCCGGCAACAACUAUUUGAAGACAUUUCAGAGGGACCCAGCGCCUUCGCCGUCUCUCAACGACCAGACGGGAGGAAAGAUCAAACACAUCUUCCAGAGGUCCGACUCCAGCCACGGUGCUGCGUUCACUCCGGCCCGGGAGAGGAUUCACCGCGUCUUCGGUCCAGUCCAACAGGCUUGGAAGUUGGGAGAGGGCGUGGGUGCGGGGAACUAUGACCUCAAGAGGAAGCGGAGGGAAGAUAGCCAGAACUCGGAGAUUCACCUUAAUGAAAACGGCGGCGUGCCGGCGGCCAGCGCCCUGCACCGUCUCAACCAUUCUACCUCAGCCGGACUACUACAAAUCGACAGCACUUUACAGAGCAAGGCUUCAGCCAUCGGCAGGUGGGACAACGGGCCGAAAAAGAAACAAGUUUCUGCCAGGCGUGUCAAACAGCUCUCGACCAAAAAAAGCCCAGCCAAGCCACCUGACACGAUCCGACAGCCUUGGCUGGGCGCCGCGGGCAAGCGGGCGAAUCUGCUGAAAGACUCGGCGAAGUGCAAACGUGUGGCCUGCGGAUUAGCGACGCCGAUGAAAAAAGCUUUUAGUCUAAUGGGCAAUUUCCCUUCUCCGCCCUCGCUGGUUGUGGGAAAGGACGGGGAUCUGUGCCCUGCCUAUUCCUUUUGCUCCGAGCGCCCCGACUCCACGCAGAAAGCUCACCCGGUGUGGAGGUGGCAGAUCGGGGGCAGCGCCAUCCCACUCCCACCCAGUCACAAAUUCAGGGGGUUUAACAUUUAACCCUUUAUCCGGCUGCCAGAUUCUUACCACGUUUUUGGAUUUGAGCCCGAAUGGGGCCGCGAGUGAGAUUUCCUCUGGGCUGGUGCUGAUGGGAAAAAGAUGCUUAAAAAACAAAAAGUUAUUCUAUUUAUAGACAUCUACAGACAGUUCGGUUAACAAUCACAUCGGGAAAUAUGGUUUACAGCGCUGAGUGAGAAUAUCUCUUGGUCACUUUCAUCCCAAAAAUGAACCUUUCGGCCACAACCCUAAACAAUCACAAUCCAUCACAAUUAAGUGAAACUAAUUUCGCGACUGAAGUGUGUGUGGGGGGGGGGGGUGGGGGGGGGGGGGGGGGGGGGGGGGGAGCAUUCAGGAUUUAGUCCCAGGACUACACACACACACACACACACACACACACACACACACACACACACACACACACACACAUUCUCUCUCUCUCUGUAGGCUUGCACUAAUUUAUUUUCCUUGUGCAAUCGCUCCGUAUACUGUACACAUGAGCCCCGCUGUACGAACUCACAGCAUAACAGGCGAGCAACAAUGCUUUAAAACGACAACGAAACAAACUUCAGUUGCACCAGCGGGGUAAUCGGGGUGCAAUGUCAACAGCGGCUGAAUGGGAUUUUGGUUGUUGUUGAUUUCACUGGGUAAUAUAUUUUUUAAAGUACUGAUUUAGAUACCCACCCCCCCCCCCCCCCCCCCCCCCCCCCCCCC